AUGUGCGAGGACACGCAGCCGAGGAUGCGUUUAAGAAUCGUGGAAAAAGAUUUGAUGAGAAAGCCCCAAUUAGGUGGCUGGAGAAAUAAGCUCACGGGGAUUGUGUUCUUGAAUGCAGAUUCGCAAACAGGACCGCGACCUAAGAGAGUACCAAUCGAAAGGACAUGCAGUCGGAAAGUGCAAACUGUUCUCGUCAAGGAAGCAGAAUGUCAACCGGAUUGUGACCAGGCGACGCAAAUGUGGCGACGCGAUUGUUACAUAGCAAGUGUAUCGGAUAAAUACGUGAGCGCCAAGCCGUACAAGACGUACGAAGAGCUACAGGAUUCGACAGAUGUUAUUGGCAAGGCAACUCUUGCCAUUCAGAGAUGUUACAGGGCCUAUCGAAUUUUGAAAUUCGUUCGUGCUUGCGCUAGAAUUUACCGGCAAUGGCGCGAACAUUGUGAUAUGCUACAACAGGAAAAGAUAUUGAAACGCAGACAACGCGACGAGCUGGAUUGUCAAGCUUUGAACGAGCCGCGAACUCUGACGGACUUGGAUGCACUUGUGAGCCAUCUGGAAAAUUCGCAGGAUCAAAAAGUGGCUGCUAUCAGUUCGCCAAUGGAGCAGAUAGAAACGAGACGUCGCACUCUACUGGUGGCUUACGCCAAGUUUCGACCAGCUCGCGAGCAGCGAGUUCGUGACUCACGAGUGAGAUUCCUUACGUUCCAUUGUAAACCAACAAAGUGGACGAACAAGCAAGGCAAGACUGUAGAGAUGUUGAGUCUUAAAAAUCAAGCAGCUCGACAAUGCUGGCAACUUUAUGAACUGUUGGAAACCGAGAUUACGGAGGUUGAUGUUGGCCGUCGAAUGGAGAUUUUACUGAAGGCUAGAAGUUCGAUCGAUAGCCAUGACUGUCGAGCCGCGACCAAGUUUCGAUGUCUGUUGGAUCAGGAAGUUGUUGUAUUGGCCGAACGAGCAGAUUCGGCACAGUUUGGAUUUUUGAGAAAGAGAAUUUCAGGGGCUUACUUGCAAUUCGUGCAAAACUCGCACAAUUGUACGUGCGUGAGCGUCGACAGCAAUGGUAGUGCACCUAUACGAGAUUACGAGUUUCGCGAGGCGCUGCAAAAGAAUCGAAUGUUGUGCCUGAGCUGCGGCAAGCUUCUUGCUCGUUGUCGAUUUGCCGUAACAGCCAGGAAGCAACGGAUUCGCAAGUGUAAAGCCUGUGUCCGUUUACACAUCAACGUCUGCGCUCACGUGGAUAUCAAACCGUACGAGCACAUCCUCUUCGAGAUCCGCAAAUCCGAGCGUUGUUUGGGGAUCGAUUGCAGUCUCGUGGAGUUCAUGUCGUCUGCUAAUAUCCGCCACUUGGUGCUCGACAUCUGGCAUGGAAGAUCGGCGUUGAGCGGAAGCGCGAACCCUCGGGACUUGCGUCUCCCUCGUUUCGAGCUGGAUCAACCGUGGAGUCCGUGGAAUUGUAUUUUAUUGACGGAAGACGAAGCUGAGGCUCAUGCUUGUCUUCAACCUGGUGGAAAGCUGUACGGCAUUCAUUUGACGAGGCUAAUUAAGUCUGCGCAACGUACUGCCAAGAUGGAUUUUCAGUAA